AUCUGGGAGUAUCGUCACGAGACAACCCAAUAACAAAAUGACAAACCAAAUACAGUUUGCAGAAGCAAAGCUUGCCCUUAAAAGUAGCCCAAUUUAUAGAGUUCACUGGCUUAGAAAUUGUCAAAUCACCCUUGAAAUUUGAUUCCAUUCUCUUUCACAUGCAAAAUCAGAAAAAAUAACACCAAUGUUGACCAGAAAACAAAUCCCUUCACCACCUGCUAACAGACCCACCUUCUUCCUCUUCUUCUUCUUCUUUAUACUCUUCCACAGCUUCAGCCAUGCCGGUCCAAUCAAAACCAUAGUGGUCCUAGUGAUGGAGAACCGGUCAUUUGAUCACAUGCUAGGAUGGAUGAAGAAAAUCAACCCUGAAAUCAACGGUGUUGAUGGAACUGAAUGGAACCCUUUGUCCACCACUGAUCCAAACUCCAAAAAGUUGUUCUUCCAGAACCAAGCUCAGUUCGUGGACCCUGACCCUGGUCACUCGUUCCAAGCCAUAAGGGAGCAGAUUUUCGGGUCCAAUGAUACCUCUGCUAACCCUCCGCCGAUGAAUGGCUUUGCUCAACAAGCUUACUCCAUGGAUCAAUCUACCAAUAUGUCACAGAAUGUCAUGAACGGAUUUGAGCCUGAAAUGGUCGCUGUUUACAAGUCUCUUGUAUCAGAAUUCGCUGUCUUUGAUAGGUGGUUCGCCUCCGUACCAUCAUCCACGCAACCAAAUCGUCUGUACGUCCACUCGGCAACGUCCGCCGGAGCAACGAGCAACAUUCCGUCACUCCUAGUAAAGGGUUAUCCACAAAGAACGAUCUUCGAGAACCUCGACGACGCCGGAAUAUCCUGGGGAAUAUUCUACCAGAACAUACCCGCCACGUUGUUCUACAAAAGCCUUAGGAAACUCAAAUACUUAUCCAGGUUUCGCCCGUACGGUCUGACCUUCCAAAAUCAUGCAAAAGAAGGGAAGUUGCCAGGCUACGUUGUGGUGGAGCAGCGUUACAUGGAUACAAAGCUGGAACCAGCCAACGAUGAUCAUCCGUCGCACGAUGUUUAUCAAGGGCAGAUGUUUGUGAAGGAGGUGUACGAGACACUGAGGGCUAGCCCACAGUGGAAUGAGACUUUGCUGAUCAUCACGUAUGAUGAACAUGGUGGGUUUUUCGAUCAUGUGGCUACGCCUGUUAGUGGGGUCCCUAGCCCUGAUGGGAUUGUGGGGCCAGACCCAUUUUUCUUCAAGUUUGAUAGAUUGGGGGUCAGAGUUCCUACUAUCAUGGUCUCCCCUUGGAUUGACAAGGGCACCGUAAGAUGCUUUGGUGAAGCAGUUGUUCAUAGGCCGAAUGGAAGUCCGUUUCCCACAUCAGAAUUCGAGCAUUCAUCCAUUCCAGCAACAGUAAAGAAGCUGUUCAACCUGUCCGCUCCAUACCUCACCAAGAGGGACGAAUGGGCUGCCACUUUUGAAUCAAUUGUCCAAACUCGGACAGAGCCCAGAACUGAUUGUCCAGAACAACUCCCAACGCCGGCGAGGAUCAGGCCAGGUGAGGCAAAUGAAGAGGCCAAACUUAGCGAGUUCCAGCAAGAGCUGCUGCAGCUGGCGGCGGUGCUAAAGGGGGAUGAUAUCCUCACAAGUUACCCUGAAAAGAUAGGAAAAGAAAUGAGCGUCAGGGAAGGGAAAGAGUACAUGGAAGAUGCAGUUAGACGAUUCUUCGAGGCAGGACGUUCUGCUAAGAAAAUGGGAGUUGAUGGAGAACAGAUUGUUCAAAUGAAGCCAUCCCUAACUACAAGAUCAUCAAAAUCUUCAUCUCCACACCCAUAAAUACUUAGAGAUAAAGCAAAUGUGAAGAAAUAUAGCAAUGGUUCUUUUAUAUUGAAUGGGAUAAAGGUGGAGAUAACACAAACUUUUUUGUUUUAUCCAAAGGAGUUUGUGUCAUUUUCAUGCACUUUAUUCUAUUUAUAAGUUGAAUAUGCAAAUGCUCUUCAUAAUUUUAUGAGCUUCAGCUUUAGACCUGGCAACUUACUAUGCAUCAAGGCAGGCAUCUGAAAAGAGACACAAAAAAAUAAAAAAAAGCUUAGUAUUUAUCCUUUGGAGACAUCCAAUAAAAUCAGAACGAUGAAGAAAAGAUUAGCAUGUUUCUUGAGCAAGGAUGACAUACAUAAAUCGAAAAAUGGUCCAAAAUUUUUGUUAUUCAAAAAAAGAAAGCUCAGUAUUUAUGGCCUAAUGCCUCAUUCAUCAAGAAAAAAAUAUUGCAUCUCAUAAUUUGUAUCACCAACAUUAUUAGUUAAAAUUUCAAAAGGAAUACUUGACUUGCAAAAAGGAAAUUAGAUGCAUUCAUGGUUAUACUAUGAAGCGUAAAAAAUGAUAUAACCCUCAUUAACUUGUAAACAUAUCCUUUUCCUUAUGUAUACU